CAGAUGCAUUUUGUAGGAGUAUUUUGAGGAUGAAUGUUUGCAAAUCAUUUUGAAAUUGCCAAGCACCAUAUACAUGGGAUGCAUCUGGAGUUCAACUCAGUGGCUUGGAUUUAUCACAGUCACGUCUGUCUUCGAUUUGCGUGCUAACUAAAAAUCAAGGAGAGACAUGAGGAGAUUCGUUUACUGCAAGGUGGUUCUAGCCACUUCACUGAUGUGGGUUCUCGUUGAUGUCUUCUUACUCCUCUACUUCAGUGAGUGUAACAAAUGCGAUGACAAGAAGGAGAGAUCCUUGCUGCCGGCACUGAGGGCGGUUAUUUCAAGGAACCAGGAAGGACCGGGAGAGAUGGGAAAAGCUGUGCUGAUCCCUAAAGAUGACCAGGAGAAAAUGAAAGAACUGUUCAAAAUCAACCAGUUCAACCUCAUGGCCAGUGAUUUGAUCGCCCUGAACAGAAGUCUGCCGGAUGUAAGAUUAGAAGGAUGCAAGACAAAGGUCUACCCUGAUGACCUUCCCAACACAAGCGUAGUGAUAGUGUUCCAUAACGAGGCUUGGAGCACCCUGCUCAGAACUGUGCACAGUGUCAUCAACCGUUCCCCACACUAUCUGCUCUCCGAGGUUAUCUUGGUGGAUGAUGCCAGUGAAAGAGAUUUUCUCAAGUUGACAUUAGAGAAGUAUGUGAAAAAUUUGGAAGUGCCGGUAAAAAUUAUUAGGAUGGAAGAGCGCUCCGGGUUAAUACGCGCCCGCCUUCGCGGAGCAGCUGCUUCAAAAGGGCAGGUCAUAACUUUUCUGGAUGCACAUUGUGAAUGCACUUUUGGAUGGCUGGAGCCCUUGCUGGCCAGAAUAAAGGAAGACAGGAAAACAGUUGUGUGCCCUAUUAUCGAUGUGAUUAGUGAUGAUACCUUUGAAUAUAUGGCUGGGUCAGACAUGACUUAUGGGGGUUUUAACUGGAAACUGAAUUUCCGCUGGUAUCCUGUUCCCCAAAGAGAAAUGGAUAGAAGGAAAGGAGACAGAACAUUGCCUGUCAGGACCCCUACUAUGGCUGGUGGCCUAUUUUCUAUUGACAGAAACUACUUUGAAGAGAUAGGAACUUACGAUGCAGGAAUGGAUAUCUGGGGUGGAGAGAAUCUUGAAAUGUCUUUUAGGAUUUGGCAGUGUGGCGGAUCCUUGGAGAUUGUGACUUGCUCACACGUGGGUCAUGUUUUUCGGAAGGCAACCCCUUACACUUUCCCUGGUGGGACUGGUCAUGUCAUAAACAAAAACAACAGGAGACUGGCAGAAGUCUGGAUGGAUGAAUUUAAAGAUUUCUUCUAUAUUAUAUCCCCAGGUGUUGUCAAGGUGGAUUAUGGCGAUGUGUCAGUCAGAAAAACACUAAGAGAAAAUCUGAAGUGUAAGCCCUUUUCUUGGUACCUUGAAAAUAUCUAUCCGGACUCCCAGAUCCCAAGACGUUAUUACUCACUUGGUGAGAUAAGAAAUGUUGAGACGAAUCAAUGUUUAGACAACAUGGGCCGAAAGGAAAAUGAGAAAGUGGGUAUAUUCAAUUGCCAUGGUAUGGGAGGAAAUCAGGUUUUUUCUUAUACUGCCGACAAAGAAAUCCGAACCGAUGACUUAUGCUUGGAUGUUUCUAGACUCAAUGGACCUGUAAUUAUGUUAAAAUGCCACCACAUGAGAGGAAAUCAAUUAUGGGAAUAUGAUGCGGAGAAAGCAGGAAAGUGGGAAUAUAAUUUCCAGAGACUCACCUUGAGACACGUGAACAGCAACCAGUGUCUUGAUGAACCUUCCGAAGAAGACAAAAUGGUGCCUACCAUGCAGAACUGUAGUGGCAGCAGAUCCCAGCAGUGGCUGCUGAGGAACAUGACCUUGGGGGCAUGAAUCUUGAAGACACCCCCCUCCAACCCACGGAAGUGUCUACACUUUUCUUUUCCAUUCUUUCAAUUAGGGGAAAAUAUUAACUUUGCUUAAUGGAAAGUUUUAAAAUCCUUUUAGUAUUCUAAGACACAGCUGUUUAUAAUUCAUUUUUAGGAAUGUUUGCUUAUUUCCCUACUGAAAUUUGUAUCUGAUGAAGAAGCACAUCAAACAGUACAAAUAACAGCAAACUGUUAUUAAACAUUGCAACAACUUGAAAAAAUGAAUUGUGUUUGUUUAAAAAAUAUUUAAUGCUCUCAUCUCAUAGGUCAGUUGGGUGUUAUUUUGAUAUUUAUUGUCCCUUAUCAUAAUGAUUGAAAGAGAAACCAUGUAAAAUGCCUUAUAAAAUAUUUCUAUUGCGCUG